CGUUCCGUUUCUUCUCUUAACAGGAAAGUUGAGCGGGAGGCAGUCAGCUAAGAUGUCAGGAGGUGGGGGCGCCGUCCCGAGAAAGACCCUGACGCUCGACGAUCUUAUCGAGGCCAUGGACAAGUGUGAGAGGGCGCCGAGGAAUGUCCCGAAGGUUGAUACAUUUCACUUCAAAGGGGAGCGGGUAUCCGAUUGGCUGGACCUGGUUGACCACGCGCUGGUGGGACUGGCAGACGAGGUAAGAUUUCAGCGGAUUAUGAGAUACGUCCUCCAUAGCUACCAUCAGGAAGUGAGCAAGGUUGUGGACGCCGCCAAUGGCAGCUGGUCAAGGUUCAGGGAAGGGAUGUUAAGGAAGUACAGGCUAGGGGACGGUCUGCUGACUAUGGCUGACUUGGAAGCCAUGAACAAGGAUGAUUUUUCCACGAUCGGGGCGUUCGUGCACGAGCUCAAGAAGAAGGCAAGGAAGGUGCACGGGAUUUCUGAAGAGGCGCAAUGUGCCAUCUUCUUGGGGUUGCUUACUGGCACGGAGGCCUCGGAGCUGACGAGUCACGGAGGGGGAAGUGAGAAGCUCACCUGGGCCACUAUUGAUAAAGGAGUGGAAGAGGGGAGUUUGGACCAGGUGGAACAGCACCAGAUGCGGCUACAGAGGCGAAAGAGAAAGGAAAGGGACGCCACCGCAUCUGGGACCCCGGGGGUAAAGAGGAUCGUUACGGAUACCCCCCACCUCACAUGGAAGAGUGCCACAGUCGGCGCGGACCAGGAGCCAGAACAAGGCGGGGGGGCCAGUCAAGAGCCCAGCCAGGCACCCCCUCGAAAGGAGCCUGAGUCGGGGCGCAGGAAGGAGGUGGUGGAGGUUUCGGAGGAGGAUGAGGAGGAUGACGACGAAGAGGAUGAGAGGCUCCGACAAGAGGAGGAUCGGCGGACGGAGCUAAGGGCCAAGGAGAGAGGGGCUCAAGAGGAAGCCGAGCCAAGCCUGCCUGACAGCGUACCUAAGAAGAAGAAGUACGCAGUCCGACUGGAAGAGGGUUUUGAUGUGAAGCGAAUGGUAGAUAGGCUGCUGGAAGGUCAUAAUGACCUGAUGAACUUAAAGGACAUUUUAGCUUCAGCGCCCCGGCUCCGCGACGGACUGAAGGGGAGUGGGAGGAACAAACUCAACCUUGGCUCGUUUACCUUUGAAGAGUCUGAGAACGAGCAGAGGAGGCUCUGGGAGGUGCCAGAGGAGGAAGGAGGGACCGAGGUGUUGACGCUAAGCCUUACUGAUGUCAAUAAGGCUAUGGAAGUGGUGGCAGCGUAUGACAUGGCAGACCCUGAAGCCAUUAAGGCGUUGAGGGAGCAGGUUCUUGAGAUCCCUCAGGUGGGAGAGGUGGAGCUGGUUUAUCGGCUUCCAAGCGGAAGAGGAGGUCCGGCAAUGGCACAGGCACGAACAGACAAGAACAGGGCAGAUGGGUUGAGCCGCAUCAACUGGGAUGGAUCGGAUCAGGAGUCGAUAAGAGACACUUCGCCAAUUGAUGGGUUCUUCGAUCAGGAAGAGGAUGUCCGCCUCCAUAUAAAUGAACGGUCCUUGUGGGUGCCUAGUUGUGUCGGUCACCACAUAUGGCUAGCGCCUAAGGGGUACGAGCAAAAGGAGGAGUUGGUCCUCAAGCCCUUCCAGGAGGAGGAUCCGUGGGGGAGUAAAGAUGUUCACUGGAUGAUGAAAUUGGCGUUGGCAGGCACUCACAGCUUGGCGGAGGAAGUGAGGACGAUAGAGGAAGGCCCAACUCAGGUAGAGGAGCAUGAGCAGCUGAUGGGAGGAAUGUAUCUACUUACCAACACGCUUCUGCAAGGAGACUUUGAUCGAAAGAACUCAUUCAGUCGUAUGGAAAGUGAGGACUUCAUUCCUGAAAGCCGGGAUAAUGAGUUCGAGGAAGGAGAAAUCAAGGAAGCCUUUCGGGCAGAAGAGUACGAUGGAAUCUACCUGGAGUUGGGGCUACUCCUGUCCUGUGAGAUGAGGGAUAGAGACGCGAGUGUCAAGGCGCAGAAGAUAAGGCACCUCUAUGUGGUAAGGGAUGACCAUUUGUCUGACUUUUCGAAGACAGCCAUGCAGAGGGGCGGGAGGGGCGGAUGGCCACGACAGAGGCCCCUGGGAGCGUCUGGAGGGGGUGGUCAGCGCAGGCCAGUUGGGAGAGAGUCCACGCCUGUCUUCGACGAUGAUAACGUAGAGCUCUUUCUGGGCGCCUACCAAGCUCAUGCGGCACGAGAGGGAUGGUCUACCCAGGACAGGGUACGAAAUCUGCGAGGAGUUAGGCGUUUCGAGGAGCCUAUCGCGCAUAUUCGAGCGGAGGCUCUGACCUGGCAGGAUGUGGAGGCGAGGAUGCAGAGGCUAAGGGCUUCGCCGCUGGUACGGGAUGGUUUGCCUAUUCGACUGGAGGAAGGCAAUGCGGAGGAGUUCAUCCCGGCCUACAAGCAGUAUAUGCGCGAUCAGGGGACUGGGCAAGAGGAGUGGAUGCAAACGUUACCCCUUUGGACGCGAAGGGCGGAAAGGCCAUUGGCGAGGCAGAUUCGGGACAGGGCGCGUGAUUGGGAGGACUGUCACGCUCAGUUGAGGCAGGCGUUCCGACAGCCAGAACCGGAGAGACCCGAGUCCAGGGUUGAGAGGAGGCAGAGAAGCAAGAGGCCACGGGACUCGGAGGCGAGAGAGGCCGCUGCGACUAGAGGAGGCCGAAAGGCCUUGGCAUGGCGAGAGGAGGGGCCAGCAGAGCCAGUUCAAGUGGCGGCGCCGGUUCAGGCAGCGGAGCCGGUUCAGACAGCACAGCCAGUUCAGGCAGCGGGGCCAGCUCAGAUGGGAGUAGAUCCGGUUGAACCGGUACGGUACGAGCCGGCAGAAGAGCCACCAGGCCCUGAGCCGGAAGCUGAGCCGCACGAGUCAGGGGAACUGCGGACCGAGGAGGUUAUUACCGUUGGGGACGAUACCCCUCCUCCCACCCCAAUCCCGGAGCAAGUACGGCAGUACUGGCCUGAGGGGAUUCCUGAGCCAGACAGCAAGGAGAUUCCAGUACCGCCAUCGGAAAUUAUUACGCCGCCUCUGAAGCAGGUUGAGCCAGAGGAGCGAGAGGAGAGCGAGAGGGCGAGGACACAUACGAUUUUGGCACCACCGCUAGCCGAGCAUGCGGCUAAGCACUUGGACACUAAGGCGCCGACAUCCAAGGAGCCACCGUCAGAGUUGUUGUCUGUAGAGGGGAGAAUGAGUGCGGGAGUUCCACUACGAGAGGCCCACGAGACGCAAACGGAGAGGCAAUCAGGGGAGACGGCUGAGGAGAAGUUCGCGAGAGUGCAAGUGCGCCUCGAAGAGAUAUAUGAAAGGAAAGUUAGGAUGGAGGCCGCAGCGGAAGUGUCGACGCCACCAAUCGACCCCGGGACAAGGCAGGAGGACGAGAGGGUGGACGAGGCACGAGAGACUGGGGACUUGGGAUUUCAGCCGCCAGGAUGGCAAUCGAGGAUACGCCAGGCGGCGACCACGUCUUUCCAGCGGUAUACCAUGCUUAGCGAUGAGUUGGCGGCCUCGAGGAUGGAGGUGGAGCAGUUGUCUGUUCAGCUAGCAGAAGAGAGGGCGGAGAACCAGGCUUGGAGGUCUCAGCCACCUCAGCAAGAGGGGAUGAAGAAGGUAUUCCUGGAUCCAGUGGAAGCGGAAGCAAGGCGGAAGGCCCAGGAGAAGAGUUUCAGCUUCAGAGUUCCCACGGAGUUGGCCUCGCAGCAAGUGACCCCUAUGACAAUUGAGACCCCCGCAGAGGAGCCAGCGCAGAGGCCCCAAUCGCCACCAGCAGGAGGAGGUUCUGCGGAAAAGUCCCCUACGAUCCUAUUAGAAGUGUGGGGGGGCACCCUUACGGGGGCAGUGGUGGCCGCUGAGACUAAGACGAUGGAAUAAGAGGCAUCUCGUUUGGACGAGCUAGUGGCGGCCAUGGAACUGGAUAUACCAUCAAGAGGGCCUCAGGGACGC